CGGGCUGCGGCGAGGACAUGGCCAGGCCCCUGCUGCUGCUUCUGCUGGCCGCCGUCGGCCUCUCAGAGGGGAGCGUGCAGUUCCACGUGUCGCUGCGGGUGCCGCGCUUCGUCGAGAUGGGCGGCUCGGCGCUGCUCUUCUGCGAACACGGCGUGGCCCGCGAGCAGCUGCACAAGGUCGAGUGGCUGCGCGACGGACGCAAGCUGUUCCAGUUCGUGCGUGGACGACAACCGCCCUAUCGCAACUUCACCACGCCCGGCGCCCAGCUCGACUGGCGACACUCCAACGAGCGCCAGGUGAUGCUGCGCAACCUGCAAUUUGAGGCCACCGCGUUUUACUCGUGCGAGGUUUCCACGGAGACGCCCAUCUACACGAAAGCCUCCUACGACCAGCAGCUCACCGUCAUACUGAAGCAGCGCGCCGACCCGCACAUCACCGGACGCAAACCAGGCCUGUACCUGCCCGGCGAGAAACUCGAGCUCAACUGCACGGCCAGUCCGUCCCGACCGGAGGCGGACAUCACGUGGAUCGUCAACGGACAGAAGGUGGACGACCAUCUGUUGCAGGUCUUCCCUGGGCAGCGGACCUUUGCCGACCUGACGUACUCGACGGUGCAGCUGAGCCUGGAUUUGAACGAGGAGCACGUGAUUGCGGCGCCGACUUCGGCGCCUGGGACGGCGCCGUCUGGCCUGGUGCAACUGACCUGCCUCACCACGAUCCCAGCCUUCCACGGCUUCGAGCAGGACCUGGAGAACCACCUGAGGCCGAGCGUGGUGCGCUAUGCAGACAAGCGGAUGGCCUCGCUCACAGUGGAAGUGAUGGCCCCGCAGCCCAGCCCGGACCCCGAGGCGGCCGCCACCAUCAACUCGGCGGCCACGCGCGUGGCCACCCCGACGGCCGUGCUCCUGCUAUGCCUCGGCUGGCGGUGAGCAAAUCAUCAAAGCAGCAAUUCUAGUCAAUUGAGAAUAACAGAGAGAGUGCAAUCGCGACAGAGACCACCCGAUAUCAUCUUCCAAGUAAUUAAUGAACAAAAAAUCUAACCGAGAAUGAGAUUAUUAAAAAAAAAGAGAAACCGCGAGAAAAUUAAUAAAAGAGGAAAUAAUCGCUGCAGGCAAAUACUUAGGUACAUAAAAAUUAUAUAAAAGAAAAAUACAAACACUACUAUGGAUAAUAUAUCUAAGAGAGGUAAUUGCAAUUCAAGUAAUUACAGUUAAGUGUAAUUGCUCACUCACAUGGAACGCAUUAGUGAAAUUAAACACAUAUCUCGUUGUUUGGCGGCUCGCCUUCAGACAGAAAGAAAGAAAGGAAGCAAAAUAAAAAAAAAAGAAAGAAAGAUCUUACUACGAAAUUAACCUGGCGCGUGGUUGUCUUGGAAAAAGUAUAUCAAAUUUAAGUCAAAGAAUGUGUAUAUUUCGCUGGGCUUUUGGUAAAAUGUAUCUCUUCUGAAUGUGAAAACCGACUCUCCUAGCUCGAUCGCUCGGGGGGUGGCUCAGCUUCGUGCCACCCCCCACUCUGACAACGCGGAUAAAAAAUUUUUAAAAAUCAAAGCAAAAAUCGCAAGAACUUCCAUGCUAUAAUCAAAUGAAGAAUCUUACUUAGGAAAAAAAUUAUAAAUCUCCGGACAGUUCGAAAGAAAGUUAGGUGUAGGGGUACUGAAGAAGGGAGCUUCCUGAGAAUGGAAAAUGCGCCAAAUUUUAUGUGAAAUUUAUUCAUUAAAAAAUUUAGUCCGAAAUGCAGUUAUAAAAUUUUCUGUGAAAUUUUUAUAGUGAAAAAUAAAAAAGGGGAAAAUUUGGCGUUUUUUGCUCUCUUUGGAAGUAAAAUCUCUCACUUCAGCACCUCUAUUUAGGUGUCGUUAAUGAAUCUCUCUAUCUGUACUUGAAAAGCACACGUCGUUCCUUUACACGUAGCACCAACUGGAUGAACAAAAAAGUGUAAUUAUUUCGGUCAAUUAUAUAUAAAUAAAAAAAAAAAUACUGCGAGGGAGGCCAAGCAAGAUUGAAAGCUCGAAAUGAUUUUUGCUUCUCUGCCUGCUUUCACUCUACUUCUUCUCGGGGGUGCAGUGCCGAAGCCUAGCUUGAGCGAAUGACGCGCGGGCAGCUGCGAGCUCCGUCUCGUUCCCCGCGCGCGCCUAUUGAUCGGCGGCGAUAUGCAACAUGCUGGGCGCGUCCGCCUAACAGGUUGCAUCGACGCCACAUGCGGCGGCCAAUUCCGAGUUGAGCACGGGCACGCGCGCGCGCCUAAUUAAGAGUGGCAGAAAUUACAUUUAAGUGAAUGAAAAGUGUAUCUCGUAGCUAACUUCAGCGUGCUCUCUCAAAGUGCAAUAGACUCACUUCUACUCGGUUGUACAUUUCGCCAGCGUUUCUCUAUCGCGCGCGCGAGUGUGGGCGGAAAAAGUCCACCGCCGACGCAAUCGAGCAACUUGACUCUCGGGUCAAAGGUCAUCAACUGCCGCGGGUUUUCUACUUCAGCAGCUUUUCGCGGAACGGAAAAUUUGAAACUAAUCAUCUCACAACUGACGCAAAACCAAUAGGGAAAAUGAGUGUUUCUCGGGAUGUUUUUUUCUUUUUCUUUAAAGACCUUGAGAGGCUCAGUUGGGGGUGAAAAAAAACUGAAUAUAAUUGCUCUUUCAAACAAUAAUGCCACUUGGAAAAUUUAGAGUUAUUAAAUAAAAAUUAAAUAAUUGAGGUGAAAAUUGCCAGUAAUUGAGUAACUUAUCGGCAAAUUUAAGCUCUAAAAUACUCGACCUUUCUUAAUAUAUUUACAGCCAAUUUCAAUUUUGACCCACAAGAGCCUAAAUCAAAUCAUUUUCAUUUUCUUCUGAAAAAUCUUCUAACCAAUGGAUUCGUCAGUUCUUUCAAUAUUUCGAAAUGCUAUAAACGUUUUUGGCAUUUUAUUUUGGAGAAACAAAAAAAAAUUAAGUCAAAUUUUACAAUUUUAUGGGAUGAAAAAAUCCAGAAAUUUUCUUCUUCUAUCCACUCUUACCGAUCUGCUGGAGUUCAUAUUCACCUGAAAAGUUGAAAUUUGAUUUCUCGGUAAUUUUGACACUUCCAGGCGUGCUUUUGCAACUGACGUCUAAAGUUUAAAGUUAUUCUGCAAGUUUUCCCUGAUCUUGACAACAAUACACAAAGAUAUGAGCACAGGCUGUCAGAAGUAUAAAGCGCGCAUGUUUCACCUCGCUCUCCUCUAUUUCCUCGCCUCAAAGGACACACAUCCAUAAUCGAUCAAAUCAAGGCGAAGUUUACUUUGCCGUAUCUUUCUCUUUCUGUCUCUCACUCGCGCGCGCCUUCUGUGCAAAUGGGAUUUAGACACGUCCGCCGACUCAAUUUUCACCGCGAUCGAAAAGGGAAAAGCUGAUCUAAAAAGGUUUCACCCACACGCCUAUCAAUAUAUCUACCUAUGAUAUCCAAUAUCCAUUUUAUUUUUUGCUCACCGAAAAAUAUGUGAAAUAAAAUUUGAUGAAACGCAGAAAAUGGCCUGCUUCGGAAUUUGCUCCCAAACGGAAACGGGCGAUUAGAAUUUAAAUCUAAAUUAUUUUCCAAACACGAAAUAAAUAAAUCGAGCUUAUGCACUGCAUUUUGCGUUGUCUUCUCCUUUUUAUCAAAGGGCUAUAUAGAGUAGAACUAUUUUUUGAAAAGUUUAUAUCUCUCUCCGGGCUAUUGUCGAGCGAAACAGGCCAUUCUCUGCGAAGAAAGUUUGCUAAAACUCAAACAAAGACUCUCGGCGGCUUUGAUGACCUUCCUGGUAAAAGAGUAAAAUUUCAAAUUCACAUCUGCUGGUAGUGAGAAAGAUGUCUGGCGCAUACCGAAAUAAACAAACAAACGCGUCCCGUGGGAAAAUGCAAGAGAAAAAUAGCAGUCAUAAAACAAAGCUCCGGAUAUAUUUAGUGCCAGCGCGGGGUAAUUUUGCGGCCGAACGAAAUUCUGCAGUUAAGACCAACAACAAGGUCCAUUCUGCAUUUUAAUGUAAUGUGUGGUCGGGGAAGCCCUCGGGUGCGGCCGAAGUUGGGUCUCGCGAGCGCCCUUUGGGCCCGAAAAGGACAUUCGAAUCCACACCUGCCCGCCUGGCUGCGAAAAGCGUUUUGCGUGGGCGCUGCAAAGGUCACCGCCCCUGCGCUGCUGAACUUUGAUUCGCACCCUCGACGGGCUUGAAAUAAUUUAAUCGCUGUUUGUUUAGUUCGACAGCGAACGGAUCAGAUUUGUUUUGUGCAAAUAACCGCAAUUGACAAACAAGUACUCGCACGAGCGGACCGUGUUUGCUUUGAUUCCCAUCAGAGCACCAAACUUUCACACGGAAAAAAGCAAUUAAUUAAUUUAAUUGAACCCUUUUUAAAACAAGUUUUUUUUACUGUGUAGUUUGGUAAUUUAAAUUAAUGAGAAUUUCACUCAAAGGUAUUUUUUAACCCUUUGAUUUCGGUUUUUCUCCGAUUUAAUUUCUUAGUAAAUUUACCUCACAGUUAGGAACUAAUUCAAGUUAUGCAACUUGCUCUAGACCGAUGUUGUGCGGGUUUGCAUAAAUUUAACCACACCAUGCGGCUCAAUCCGCUAUGAAUAAAAUAGAGAGAUCGUCCGCAGCAUGGAUAUAGAAACCGUGCAAGAUAGAAUUUAUACAAGCGCUGAGCUUAGCGGGAUUAAUAUCGAUUGUCGGCUUAAACGAUAUCAGAUUAAACUGCCGCGGCUUUGUUGGAGCGAAAAGAAAGGCUUCUUUGCAGAACUUUCUUCAUUCGACGAAUCACGGCCUCUUCAUUUUUUUACAUCGAUUUUCAUUACAUCGCAAUAAGCGAGUGCGUAUAUAAUUUUAGAAAUGAGUUUAUUAAUCCCUUUGAAGUUUGAUUGCACUCGGGCCAAUAACUUAUCCCCGCUUUACAAAUUGCAAAAUUAGUUUCGAGAAGGAUUUUAUCUUACAACAGAUUUGAACUGAAAUUUCAGUCUUUUCCUCUGUGGAAAUUAUUGGAUUGAUUUUAAAUUCCUGAAAAUUGUGGUUCUCUUUAAUUGUUGCAUAGCACUGAUUCACAAUUCAAGUUGAACCCAUCCUCUUUAAGCUGGCGGCGCCAUUUUGGAUAUCUUAAGUACCGGAAGUUCGAAUGGAGAUGGAAGAGAUGCUCAUUAAUUUAAAUGAAAGUCCCAGAGGUCCUUCAGCUUGAUUUGCUUCCAAAUGCAAAUGCCGUACGCAUGAAUAAAUUAUCCGCAGCUUUUUUGCGUGCGCACAACUUUUCCCCUCUUUUCAUCACUCUAAUGAAAAAAAGCGCAGGAAUUUAUGCAAACCCCAAAAAACCGUAAAUUUAACACAAAAAUUCCGCGACUUUCAGCAAUUAGUAUAAAUUUUUUCGCACCAUGACAGUUGGGCAAUCAAUCAAGUCACGGAGGAAAAUGAAAAGCGUAUUAACCAGACGCUGCGAUUAUUAAUCGGCGAGCGAAGCAGAACCGACCAUAUAAUAGAGAUGCACGGACGCACAUACACGGAGUUUUAGAUCCGUUUUGUGACGCGAGAGUACGAAAAUGGGCCCAAAUGACGUUGUCAGCUCUUCUUCGGGCAAACGAGUGUGUGUGGCGGCUCUGUUUGUGUAAUUGUGCGUGCUCUCUGCGGGUGCGGUGGCAACACACACACGCGGGGCUCAACAUCUAUCGACCAGACUGACUGAGUGCAGCUCCACACACAAAAGGGUCUAUCCCGCUAUUGUCGCGCGUCACCAAGUCGCGCGCCACCGAAUAAUGAGAAAACUUGGCGCGCCGUCGGCACAGCGCAAAAAAACUGCAACUUUGUUUACACGAAUCAAUUUUUCACGCGCGGAAAGCGAGUAAAUUAAAAAGAGAGGGAAGAGCAGUUUUUAAUUCCGACGCAUAACAGGAAUUUAAUUGCUAUUCCGCGACGCAAGCAAAAGUUGUUGCGGAGAGAGAUGGAGCGUCGGGGAAUUCUCCGGCGAGGAGGAAAGUGAAAAAAGUUGAGAAUCCAGCACUCUUGCUCGCGGCUCGGUUUAAAUUGAUUUUCCUCCGCCGACUUGGGACGAAGAAGUGAUUUUACAACUCUCUAAAUUUUAAAAAGCAGAUUUUUGAAAUUGAAAAAUGUUGCAAAAAAAUAUAAUAUUUCGCGUUUUGGUUGAGAUUACUAAGAUAUUUCAUAACAGUUUUCAGAUUUCUAGUAAUGAAAUAUUUAAAUUUCUGCCUUGAUAAAAUAUUAUGAUUUAAUUCAUAUUCAAAUUUAAAUCUGAAGAAUUCCAUCCAAGCGCUCAUUUUGUUUUCAAUUUCCAUUUUCAUUUUAACAUUUGCUGGAAUUUUCUCUUUGCAUAAGUCCCUAAAAUUGGUUUCAACUUACAUCUUGCUUUUUCUUACCCUUUCAUUCAAAAUCACAUUAAAAUAAAAUAAUCUUUUUCUGCUCUUUACAAGCUAAUUUCGGAUAAAAGGAAAGUUUUCGGCUGUUGAAACAAGUUAUGAAAAUUCAAAUUAAUUAACUUUUCUUCUUAGAGGAAAAUUCAUCGCCCCUCAAUUCAAUUAAAUCUCUCUCUUUUCUGCUCCAUCUCUGAAGGAAUGCAAUUAACAGAGGGUUAACCUGUGUUUAAAGUCAACAAGUUAACGUCAAGUGCUGAGGCGGGUUGCAUUUUGCUCUACUUCAAAAGACGCUUUGAAGCCUUUCUUCAAAAAUUCUCUUUAUGGUUCCGCUGCUUUCGGCCUUUGAAUGAAAAACUACCGCAUGCACACGUUGGCGCAAAAUUCGUUUCCGCAUCGACCGGCGCCACCCUGCACGUCAACAAAUUGAUCCACUAUGUUUUUGCACUAAUUGACCACAUGAAAAAGACACGAUCGAUUAUCUCUUGCAAUUUCGCCACUCGCGCGCGCUUUAGUCGGACAAACGAGGCGAAAAUGGUACAACAAAAUGCGGUAAAUGUCCUCUACUCUCUGAGUGUACAAUAAUAUAUUCAAUCAGCAGAAAUGUCUCUCUAUAUACCUAUCUCUUAAAUAUUAAGUGUUUUUGUACAAUCGCGCGCGCCACUCGCAGGCCUAACAAUGAAAACAUAAUCAAAUAUAGCCAAUGGGACGCGGGGCGGACCACCAAGCUGUCAAUUAUUCCAGCCCUGCGCGAUAAUUAUCAAUUAAAAAAAGAUACACACUCACACACACUUACAAACACGCCGGUGCACACACGCAUCGCAUAUCUCAUUACCACGGUGACAAUAAUCAAGGAGUUUAAAAUCAUCAUAGAGAGACGAUGAAAGAAAGAAAAGGGUUCGCCGCCUGCGUUUCAUUUCCGCUUACAAUUAUAAUUAAAAAAGCAGCUCUACGUAAUGAAUUAAUAAGUAGGCAGAUAAGAAUAAGCCAGUCUUACUUAUUAGAAGUUAUAAUGAAGAAUAAAAAAAGUCCAGGCGACGGGCGAUUUCCCGAACCUGAAAAAUUUACUUGAGCAAGGCAACUUUUUCAAUUAUCGAACUCGAUCAAUCAAUUAUUAAAAAUUAAGGAAAAAUUGAUAUUUUCAAAUUAAAUUUUCCUCGUUGUUUUCCGCCUUGUGCAGAGAAUAUAUUGAUUUUAUAGUUUCCGGACGAGUCCAUUAAAUUAUGUGAAAAGAAGAAUCCUUUCAAGUCUGAAAUUAGGGAUUACGAUUAAGGCAAGAAAUUAAGUGCUGCAUGAAUUAUUGUGCGUAAGCUUAGGAAAAAUUGGAGAGAUUUUGUUUUUAUUAAUUAUGUAAGACACACACACACCGGGCUUUAUGAAUUUGGGGUGCGCCUCCGCCGUCUCUCGUUUUGUAUUACACGGUGAAAAAGAAUGAGCCAAUUUCGGGUCGUGUCUCUUUUCACAAACGGUGCCGCGUUCUAAUUCCUCGGAUUGCACGGCAACCUGUGUGCUCGCUCGCUACCUGUGGCUGCUGCUAGCUAGGGGGUGUAUCGAGCGAAUCGGAACUGCCGCGGCAACAAAACUAGAGAGAGUGGCACGCUCUGAAUUGGCCUGCGGUUUCCGUGCGGCCCUCGAUUGGCACUCGACUUAAUUUUAGGUCUUUUCUUCAAGGGCUUCGCUGGUGGUGAAUGGAAAUUUUGUGUUUUAUCGACAAAUAAAUAUGUUCAGAAUAAAAAAAUUCUAUAAUGGAUCAAGCUUUUUAAAAAAUUAUUUUUGGACAAAACAACGUGUUUUCGAAUUUGCUUUUCUGGAAACUUAGGGAGUUAAUAAUAAAAAUAAUAAUUAUUAUCGGAAUUAUGAAGAUUUGCAAUAUCUGUGAAGGUUUUCAGAUCCUUUAAUUUGCAUUAAUCAACUCCUGCCACUGCCAGCUUAGCCCCGCCUAAACGCCUUGUUCACUCUUUUCGCUCACCUUUUUCUAAACAUUUAUAAAUGUGCUCUCUCCAACUAACUUUAUUGCGAAAAAACAAAAUAGCCAAAAAGCCCAGCUGUAUAUCGUAUGUCAAUUGUGAAAAAUUAUUUCUAUAGCAAAGUGAUUUAUGCGCAAGCUGUUUCAAUAAAUUGUCCACGAGUGGAGAAUUCGCAAGUUUUUCCGACAUUGUUUUGCCGCAAUUCACGCGUGUUCACUGCUUACAAAACAUAAAUUUUAUAAGCUGAGAGAAAGAGAUCCGCCGCUGCCAGGUCCUUUCGCAAAAUAUACAUUCACAAAAAAAAAAAAAAACUC